AUGACCGUUGCUGCGGAAAUGACAAUAUUGCAGGUUCCGUUUCCUGCUGUCACGAUCUGCCAUCCGCAAAGUGUGAUGGACUACAAGGCGGAAAAAUUUGUGGACAAACUGAAACUCCCACUUGGUGCAACUCGCACUAGUGUUCUAGAGUCACUGCCAGCGUUGGGCUGUUUCAACGAGAACCAGUGGUCAUUUCCUCGGAUACAAACAUUGAAAACGGUUGACAAUCUGCUGACGAUGAACAACCUAACCAUCGAAGAUGCCAUCAAUAAACUGGGAAUGACAUGUGAAGAUUUCAUCAUAGUUUGCUACUGGGCAGGAAAACGGUUUCCUUGCUUCGAUAGUCAUCCAUUUCUAAGCUGGAUAGGAUCUACCAGCCACUACGGUGCUUGCUGUUCAUUCAAUUACCACCCAAGCGUCGAAAAGCUGUCGAUACCGUUUGCAGUCAACACUUUCGGUAUGCAUGGGGGAUUAAGCAUAAUUGGAACCGGAUUUCCGCAAGCAUCCGACGGUAAAUCAGGAGCUUUAUAUUCUGAAGGAUUUAUGUUAAUGAUUCACCACCCACACGAUUUCGCGGUGGAAGCAGCACCAUUGACCCUUCUUAGACUAGGUACGGAAACAUUCGUUAGUGUUACUCCAACGGAUUCCCGGUGUUCUGCGCAAGUUAUGUUGCUUCCACAGUCGCAGCGAUGCUGUAUAACUGGGGAGGAUUUCCCCGUUCCGAUCGAAAACUACCGACAACCUGCGUGCACUCUGGAAUGUUUGCGAAAUGAAGUGCACCGAAAAUGUGGAUGCCAUCCUUAUCAUCUACCUAGCAAACCACACAUUCCGGGUAAAAAGAAACUUAUCCGCAAGUGCUCCGUAGCCGAUUCUUUCUGUCUAAUUGAAAAUUAUUACAUGUUCAAAACACUUCAGUGCAAUUGUCUCCCUGCAUGCAGUGACGUUACUUAUAAAACGUCUUCCGUUGUGACGAAUUUCUCAGCGUAUAAAUUUUCCAUGAACAAGUUUUAUUCAGAAACAAACCUGACUGAUUUCGAGUUCAUUUUUCAUAUCUACUUGAACAACCAAGCAGUUGCAGGGAAUAGGCGUGUCGUUGUGGUUUCUUGGAUAUCACUUUUAGCAAACCUGGGAGGUGUCUUUAGCCUUUGUUUGGGACUGAGCGUCCUUUCCCUGUUUGAAGUGUUAUUCUACUUGUUUUUUCGCACCUACCGUAUUCGACAAAAUCUCAGGACCCAGCCAAAUGAAGUGAAAAUCGUAAUCCCUGUCGAAGGCUUGCAGUUGUUCACAAAAACGGCAGAAAAAUAA